AUGUGCGCACGUUCUCGAGUAAGGCCAAACCGUAACCUCCUGCUGCGAACACCCGGGUCUAAUCAACACUUGGCAGAACUCGUUGCGGCUCUCUCGUCGCUCGAGAAGAUCGCCUGGAUGCGACUGGACGAUGAUACCGUCCGCUUCACCGUCAUUCCGGACACGGGAUCACAAGUCUGGGCGUCGCUCUCCAUGGACUUCAUCUUUGACGGCUACACCCUGCAGUCCGCCGAACUGAAGAACACAAUCAAUCUCGAACUACCGCUGUUGCCUCUCCAGCGAGCGCUCAAGUCCGCUAUGAACGGUACUUCCGCGUCCCUGCGCCUGACCAAGAAAGAUGGCCUCCCCAUCCUCUCCAUGACCAUUACUACGAAUACCGCGCCCGCGAACCCGCCACAAGGGGGUUUCUCCGCCCGCCUAGGCGGCCACAACGCCGGUCGCCCCUUCCAACGCGGCGAAGAUGACGACGACGGUGUCUUCGCCGCGGAGCCGCUGGAGACGAACUUGUCCCGCGAGCGCGAGAAAAUCAUCACGCAGGACAUACCCGUGCGCGUGCUGCACCCGGAUACGGUCGAGACCAUUAUGCAGCCCAAGGUGCGCGAGCCCGACGUCCACAUCCAGCUGCCGCCGCUGCUGCAGGUCAAGGCCAUCUCGGACCGCUUCACGAAGCUGGCGCUGGCGUCGCGCGCCGCCUCCCUAUCGUCGACGGGCGCGGCCCCCGCCGCGUCUGCCGCCUCUCCGAAGCUGGAGCUGAGCGCGAACAUGUAUGGGGAACUGCGCCUGCGGCUCGACACCGAUACGCUCAACGUCGAGAGCCGGUGGGGUGGCCUCGACAACCCGGAGCUCGACCCUACGCAUCUUAAUUGCGCGAUCGAGGACCAUCCCAGCACGCUCUUCAAGGACGGCGGGCCUGAGAAGUGGGCGAGUGUACGGGUCGACGGCAAGGACUGGAGCAAGGUCCUCAGCGUGGGACGGCUGGAUGGAAGAGUCAUUGCGUGCUUCGCGGACGACCACGCGUUGAUUAUGUACGUGUACGUGCCGCAGCACGACGAUUCGGGACCGGAUGAUUCGGUAGUCACGUACUAUGUGUCUUCCUAUAGCGUUUGA